GUGGCACAAUGCGAAAUGGUUUCACAGCUGCCGACAGGAUUGGCGUUGCAAGGUGUAUUAAGCAAUUUCUAACAUCAAAAUAAAUAUACAAUUUUUUCUAGAAAAAUAAACUUUUGUGCUAUCAUUAGCAAUAACGUGUAUAAUACAAUCAAGGAUAAUAUCAAAGUCACGAGUAUACGUGAAUCAAAUAUAUAUAGAGUCUAGAAAUCAAGUUUAAGGUUAUUUGAGUUAAUUUCUUUUUCUCCUUCUUGCUUUACUUCAGAAGCCAUUUUGAUUUUCUGUCUCUUAUUGACUCAAUGAAACUAAAAAAUGGUUUACUAUUGUUCUUUAUGUUUCUGGAAUGUGUUUUUUCCAAAGUAGAGUCCAAGUGUGUGAAGGGGUGUGAUGUAGCCUUAGCUUCCUACCAUGUCAUGCUUCCAUUUACGUACCAAAACAUAACAAGCUUUAUGCAAUCAAAGAUUGUGUCAGUGUCUAGUUUGUCUGAUGUUAUAAUAAGCUACAAUAAAGGCAAAGUAUCCAAAAAUGGCAAUCUUUUUGCCUUUUCUAGAGUCAACAUUCCAUUCCCAUGUGAAUGUAUUGGAGGUGAUUUUCUGGGACAUGUAUUUGAAUACUCAGCAAAAGAAGGAGAUACUUAUGAUUUGAUUGCCAAUUCUUAUUAUGCAAGUUUGACUACAGUUGAGCUUUUGAAAAAGUUCAAUAGUUAUGAUCAAGAUCAUAUACCUGCUAAGGCUAAGGUUAAUGUAACUGUCAAUUGUUCUUGUGGGAACAGCCAGAUUUCAAAAGAUUAUGGCUUGUUUAUUACCUAUCCACUCAGAACUGAUGAUACUCUUCAGAAGAUUGCAAACCAAUCUAAUCUUGAUGAAGGGUUGAUACAGAGUUACAAUUCUGGUGUCAAUUUCAGCAAUGGAAGUGGGAUAGUGUUCAUUCCAGGAAGAGAUCAAAAUGGAGAUUAUGUUCCCUUGUAUCCUAGAUCAGGUCUUGCUAAGGGUGCAACUGUGGGUAUAAUAAUAGCAGGAAUAUUUGGACUUCUAUUAUUAGUUAUCUAUAUAUAUGUCAGAUACUUCAAAAAGAAGGAAGAAGAGAAAACUAAACUGGCUGAAGCACUUUCAACUCAAGAUGGUAGUGCAGAGUAUGAAACUUCAGGAUCCAGUGUGCAUGCUACUGUAUUUACAGGCAUUAUGGUGGCAAAGUCAACAGAGUUUUCAUAUCAAGAACUAGCAAAGGCGACAAAUAAUUUCAGCUUGGAUAAUAAAAUUGGUCAAGGUGGAUUUGGAGCUGUCUAUUAUGCAGAACUUAGAGGCGAGAAAACAGCAAUUAAGAAGAUGGAUGUGCAAGCAUCGUCAGAAUUUCUUUGUGAGUUGAAGGUCUUAACACAUGUUCAUCACUUGAAUCUGGUGCGGUUGAUUGGAUAUUGCGUUGAAGGAUCACUUUUCCUUGUAUAUGAACACAUUGAUAAUGGAAACUUGGGUCAAUAUUUGCAUGGUACAGGUAAAGAACCAUUGCCAUGGUCUAGUAGAGUGGAAAUUGCUCUAGAUUCAGCAAGAGGCCUUGAAUACAUUCAUGAACAUACUGUGCCUAUGUAUAUCCAUCGUGAUGUAAAAUCAGCAAAUAUAUUGAUAGACAAAAACUUACGUGGAAAGGUUGCAGAUUUUGGCUUGACCAAACUUCUUGAAGUUGGAAACUCCACACUUCAGACUCGUCUUGUCGGAACAUUUGGAUACAUGCCACCAGAAUAUGCUCAAUAUGGUGAUGUUUCUCCAAAAAUAGAUGUUUAUGCUUUUGGAGUUGUUCUUUUUGAACUUAUUUCUGCAAAGAAUGCUGUUCUGAAGACAGGUGAAUUCGUUGCUGAAUCAAGGGGUCUUGUAGCCUUGUUUGAAGAAGCACUUAAUCAGACUGAUCCUUUAGAAAGUCUUCGCAAACUGGUGGAUCCUAGACUUAGAGAAGACUAUCCAAUUGAUUCUGUUCUAAAGAUGGCACAACUUGGAAGAGAAUGUACAAAAGACAAUCCACUACUACGUCCAAGUAUGAGAUCUAUAGUUGUUUCUCUUAUGUCACUCUUAUCACCUAGUGAAGAUUGUGAUGGUGACACUUCCGAUGAAAAUCAAACUAUCAUAAAUCUCUUGUCAGUGAGAUGAAGGUUCUCAUUGCCUAAUUGAGUAAUGUUUCUUAACUUUUAGAAGCAUACAAUACAACAAAAGGUUUGUACUUUGUACAUAAAUCAUCUAUUGCAGCUGGGAAGUUUUUACCUUGUGUUAUUGCUUCAAUUUGUAAACACUAAUGUACACACUUUAUAUAAUUAAAUAUUUAUUUUAUAAUGUUAUCACCACAA